AUGGAGCGCAGACGCGUGUUGUCCUCUGCCCGCCGCUCCUAUGUCUCCUCCUCGGAGACUGUGGUUGGAGGCCUGGGGGCCACACGCCGCCCAGGUCCUGGCCUCCGCCCGGCCCUGGCCUGGAUGUCACCCCCAGUCCCUGCCCGGGUGGACUUCUCAAUGGCUGGGGCUCUCAACGCUGGCUUCAAGGAGACACGGGCCAGCGAGCGGGCCCAGAUGAUGGAGCUCAACGACCGCUUUGCCAGCUACAUUGAGAAGGUCCGCUUCCUGGAGCAGCAGAACAAGGCGCUGGCCAUGGAGCUGAACCAGCUGCGGGCUGCAGAGCCCACUCGGCUGGCUGAUGUCUAUCAGGCCGAGCUGCGGGAGCUCAGGCUGCGGCUGGACCAGCUCACAGCUGGCAGUGCCCGGCUUGAGGUGGAGCGUGACAACCUGGCCCAGGACCUGGGCACCCUGCAGCAGAAGCUCCAGGAUGAAGCCACCAUGCGGCUGGAGGCCGAGAACAGCCUGGCCAGCUACAGACAGGAAGCUGACGAUGCCACACUGGCCCGCCUGGACCUGGAGAGGAAAAUCGAGUCCCUGGAGGAGGAGAUCCGGUUCCUGAGGAAGGUCCACGAGGAGGAGGUGCGGGAGCUCCAGGAACAGCUGGCCAGGCAGCAGGUCCAUGUGGAGAUGGACAUGACCAAGCCUGACCUCACAGCAGCCCUGAGGGAGAUCCGCACACAGUACGAGGCCGCGGCCUCCAGCAACAUGCAGGAGGCAGAGGAGUGGUACCGCUCCAAGUUCACGGACCUCACAGAUGCAGCUGCCCGCAAUGCCGAGCUGCUACGCCAGGCCAAGCACGAGGCCAACGACUAUCGGCGCCAGCUGCAGGCCCUGACCUGUGACCUGGAGUCCCUGCGGGGCACGAACGAGUCCCUAGAGCGCCAGAUGCGGGAACAGGAGGAACGCCAUGCUCGAGAGGCAUCUGGCUACCAGGAGGCGCUGGCGCGGCUCGAGGAGGAGAGCCGGGGCCUCAAGGACGAGAUGGCCCGGCACCUGCAGGAGUACCAGGAGCUGCUCAGGGUCAAGCUGGCCCUGGACAUUGAGAUUGCCACCUACCGGAAGCUGCUGGAGGGCGAGGAGAGCCGAAUCACCAUUCCUGUGCAGACCUUCUCAAACCUGCAGAUCCGAGAAACCAGCCUGGACACCAAGUCCGUGUCCGAAGGCCACCUCAAGAGGAACAUCGUGGUCAAGACGGUAGAGAUGCGUGAUGGGGAGGUCAUUAAGGAGUCCAAGCAGGAGCACAAGGACGCCAUGUGAGGCCAGGGCUGUGGAGUGAGGGC